AUGAAGUCAGCCAGCCCAGCAGUUGUGGAAAUAUCUCAAGGAGUGUUUUGGUGUCGAAUUACGGGAAGAGAUGAUGAUUGUUUCGUAACAAGUGGCAGUGACAUGGGGUUGUGCACCCACGAGGUUAACGUAAACAGUGAUUUGGCCUACCAGUACAAGUGCGACCAUGUGAAGCAUGCCAAGAACCCCGACAUCUCUGGUCCUGUUGCCACUUAUUUACCAAAUAAUUCUAGCUACUCUUGCAGCGACUCUGUGCAAGCGAAUUUGAUUGAGGUGGUGCCGUUACUUCCUCCUGCAACACCUGUGGUUGUUCAAGUGUCAGAUCAAGUUUUUGCCGUCUUCGUAUUGCCCUCUUCAAGCAGUGCGCUUGGUUUUUGUCAUGUCAAAAGAGGGGGCAGGAACAAAAGUGGCUAUUGUUGCACGGCUAAAGUCAAAAGACUGCCGUUCCUUUCAUCUAAAGUAAAAGGGUCAACAGCCAAAGCCUUCUGUCUCCAUCUUCAUCUGUUAUUCGCCUCCUUGGAACAGUUUCCUCCUGCAGAACAGGCAGGUUCCUAGUCCAGUCAUUCAUCUUCUUCAGCUUCCCAAUCAGAGCCUGUGGUAUCCUUUGAUUCAUAUGACACAGAACACCCGUGGCAAUGGAAAUCGACUCUUGUUUUAGCUUAUAAAACACGCAGCUUACCAUAUCAGUUCCCGCGUCAAUUACUGCACUCUAUCAUGGCAAGAGACUCUUAUUCAGCGUAG